UAUUUCUAAAUAAAGAAUUAUCUGCAAUCUGCCUUUCAAAGCUCUAUCGAUGACAGCAUUCUAAAAACAAUGUUACACGUCGAUGAUUCAGACAUAAAAUACCCGCGCAACAAACAUCUGAGGACCAUCAUCGCUUUUUUCUUUUUAUACCGUUUACCCUUUCUACUUCCCCUAUUCGAUGCCGCUUGAACUAAUUCAUUUUAACGAUGUCUAUCAUGUUGCCCCAGGAAAGGAAGAACCUAUCGGUGGCGCCUCUCGGUUUGCAACGAAAAUAAAUGAUACCCUUGCCUCAUCUAAGCAUAAACCACUCGUCUUAUUCUCUGGAGAUGCCUUUAAUCCAAGUCUGGAAGGGACCAUCACACGAGGUUCACAUAUGCCUGAAAUUUUGAACCAACUUCAUAUAGCAGCUGCUUGUCUAGGCAACCACGACUUUGACUUCGGUAUGCCUCAGCUCGGUAAACUGAUUAGGCAAACAAACUUUCCCUGGAUACUUUCUAAUGUCCUUGAUGAAAAGGAUCAGACGGCAGACCCGGUCAUCAAGCGUUAUUUGGUCAUGGAACAAGAGAAUUUACGUAUAGGUAUUAUUGGCCUAGUAGAGAAAGAAUGGAUCCAAACCAUUCCAUCAUUCCCGCCUGAAUUGAUAUACCACGACUUUAUUAGAGUAGCAAAGGAACUUUCAGAAGAGCUACGAGAUCCUAAUGGGCCUCACCAUGUGGAUAUCGUCAUUGCUUUGACGCAUAUGAGAGUCCCAAAUGAUAUUAAGUUAGCCACUCAUUGUCAGAAUGAAAUAGAUUUGGUUUUGGGAGGCCACGAUCACUUUUACUAUGUCUCUCGAUCGGUCAAUAUUGUCGGUGAUACUUGGACAAGAGAACAAAACUUGAAGGAUGUCGGAUUUGAUCCCGAAGAGGGUUUGGAAAAUACAGAUGGCAUAAGGGUCAUAAAGAGUGGUACCGAUUUCAGAGAGUUUUCCCACUUGAAAUUAGAAAUUGAAGAGGGAGAUGAUGGGAGAAAACAUGUUCAGUCAAUCUCUGUGGAAAGAAUAGUGGCUGAUUCAUCAGUUGUACCUGACCCAGAGACAGAAAGGCUUGUGGAACAAGUAGGUCAACAAGUCACGGCCAAGACAAGUACACCAAUAGGAUACACGACCGUUCCUUUAGAUGGACGCAGUAUGUCUGUUAGAACUGAAGAAACCAAUCUGGGCAAUCUGACGGCUGAUUUGAUGAUGAUGUACUAUCGUAUGAUGCCUGAGCCUGCUGAAAUAGGGUUCUGUGUAGGAGGCACCAUUCGAAAUGACAACGUGAUUGACGUAGGUGAAAUUACGUUUGGUGAUAUCUUGACUGCCUUUCCAUUCUUGGAUCCUGUUGUUGUCAUUCGCGUCACUGGUAAGCAGUUGUGGGACGCAUUGGAAAAUAGUGUAUCCGAGUACCCAAAGCAGGAAGGCCGAUUUCCCCAGUUGGCUGGUAUUCGACUCGAAUGGAACCCUGAUAUGCCUCCUGGUAAUCGUGUGCGCAAAGUCUAUACCGUUAGACACACAACAACCUCACCAAAGCCACAUGGUCAUAAGCGAAGCCGUUCCCUUGCUCUUCCCAACUUGAGCGGCCACACGUCUCGAUAUGAUCCAGAAAAUAUGGACCCUUUAGAUUUGGAUCGUGAAUAUGUUGUAGCUACCCGUCAGUACCUCGUGGGUGGAUACGACGGUUAUGACGCCUUCAAGGUACCUGAUGAGAAAAUUAUUGUGGAUGAAGAAUCCGGUGUGCUCGUAUCCACUCUUUAUCGAAGAUUCUUUUUGGGCUUAAAGUAUAUCAACGCCUUCCGUGAGUACCAAGCAAAGCAUGUACACAACGAAAGUCGUGUGAAAAAGCUAGUGGCAUCUGCUGCCGCUCACUGGCGAAACGUCGCAUUGCAGUUCAAGGGACACGAUCACCCUGAUGAUGGACGUGAGUGUGAUUGCGAGACUAGAAGCCAAGACGGAGAGCUAUUCUUGAGCAGCGAUAUCAAGGAGCGUGCCAACUAUCAUAUCAGUCGUGAAGGUAUCAGCGAUGCUUUUGUAGAUUCCAGUAAGGGACAUCCUGAUUGCAUUGAUCCAGAGGAUAUAGAAGAAAAUCAAAACGAAUGCAGAUAUGAUAAAGAAUAUGAACAAUCUUGGGUUAAACGAUGGUGCAGCAUUUCCCCGGUUGUUGAAGGUAGAAUUGUACGUGUAGACUAUUAGAAUUGUAAAACUAUACCUUAUUGUAACAACAUUUUACAAAUAAAAAGCCACCUUUGCUAUGCCAAGGCUCCCUCCCAUUUUUUUCUUUCCAAAAGGCAUUCCUCUUCCUUGGCAACCAGAAUUACGUCAUUGUGUUUAGUUGAAGAAAAAGAUGAAA